CGCUAGUUCCCCGGCUGCCCCUAACCGCCUGCUUCUUGAGGUGUGAUAUGACAACAAGGACACCGAUCUAUCAAAGCUGAACCAACAUCAUUCUCAAUGGGGAUUACCUCUUGCCCCGACACUCGUUACCGGCUAUCUAUUCCCACCACUCCACCCGAGCUGUCAAAUUCAGACAUAUCCUCAUUCAACUUCAAGAUACUCCAAAAACGACCACGGAACUCUGUUGUUCCACUUUCACCGCCCAUGUCCUAUUAUGACCACAUAUCCAGGACAGGCGAUAUGCCCUCCACGAACAGUCCCGACGAAGCACAAGCCUCGAGAGACGUCAGCACCAACCAGAACGUUGGGCGGCAGCAGUUGCCUUCAUUGAGUAGCCUAUUUGGCCCAUCCACGUCGCAAUUUCGCCCAUUGCGUUCGCCGACUUUCUCGGACCGUCCAGCAUUGUACACAACAUCGUCGUCAGCGCUUGAUCAUCCCCGAGGACCAGCUGGCAGUUGGGAUAGACCUUACUCGGCAUCUUCGUCCCCUUAUAUUCCCCCUCCAUCAUUGACUUCGCAGCCUCGCAGUACACCGGAUCCCAGACUUGAUGAACGGCCCCACUUUCCGCCACCGUCACGGGCGCUCCCAGGCCCCCUUUCACCCAUGGUCAGGGAGUCAGAGCUCCAACGGCCUUAUUCUCAGUCCGGUUUCAGCGCUGGGAACAAAUGGUCGCUGCGUCACGAAACUGGCCAAGAAUACGCGCUGGGAAACCGGGAGUACGCACCGUAUAGAUCAUCGCCCACUGAGCGACCCCAUAGUCAGCUUUCGAACGGCAUCCCGGGCCGUGAGGGAGACUUGGGCUUACGUAGCGAGCGACCGGCUACGCAACCACCAACACCAGUUAGCACUGGUGCCUCCGAGGUCAUCGUGGGCAAGGAUGGAUUGGGCCCGAAAAUUUGGACAGGAACGCACUUUUUGCCCAGAUUUGUCAGGGAGGAAAAGGUCGAUGGCGAAACGUAUUUCAUAUAUGACGAUGGAACCCGUUGCAAAGAUGUCAUUGAUGGCGAGAAAGUCAAUGCCCACUGGGGAGUGACAAAAGCUGGGAAGCCAAGAAAGAGGCUAGCAAUCGCCUGCAUCACUUGCCGGGAGAAGAAGAUCAAGUGUGAUCCAGAUUACCCUCGAUGCGCGCAAUGUGAGAAGUUUGGGCGUACUUGCAGGUUCAAGAAUGCGCCGCGGGGUGGACACAAUACUUCACCCUCGACUCCGCCCGCCGAAGUCGACGAUGCACGCCGGUUGCCCAGCAUAAUUCGGCCACCACCGCACGAGCACGCGAGGACGAGCGUGCACUCGAGUGGAUCUGUUUCACCACGCACCACUUUUCGCCCAGCAAGCCCCGAGAUGGCCUCAUCCGUGCCGUCGAAACGGCUACGGGUGGGCUACGACAACUACGCCCCCGCAGGGGAGCACCGACCGCUUAUGGCACCGGCAGCGGACCACAUGAUCCGGUCCAACAUGUCCUGGCACCGUCAGCCUGAACUUCCUCGGGUCCACGAGGACACAGUGUGCCGUGCAUGGCAAACAGACCCCAUCCUUGCUCUCGGUUCCCUCCUAUCGAUUGCUGGGUCCAGUGGGCUCGACCAUAAGACGGAGAAAACCAACCACUACGCUCAGGUAGCCCGUUACGCUACAGAGCACGCAGCGAUGUCAAUACAGCUUGUCCAGGCGAGAAUCCUCCUUUCCCUCUACUAUAUGGCUAUUUCGAAGCCUAUCGAUGCCAAUGAAAUGUCUAGCAGCGCUAUGUCGGCAGCGGCCUAUUUGCAGUUAAAUCUAGAGUUGGAUCAGUCUCCGGACGUAGGACGCAAAACAUUCCCAUAUGGAUUGACCAGGGCUGGGUUUUCUGAAUGCAGAAGAAGGACGUUCUGGUCAUGUUUCUUGUUAGAGAGACUAAAUGGCCUGUUUCCAACCCGGAUGGCAGUUAUCAACACAGCCGAUAUCUUCCUCCGACUUCCAAUGGAUAUCCGCUCGUUCGAAGAACAAGAAGACGUCUCUGUGCCGGUCUCGACAUUCGAGAAUAUCAACUCUUCUGGCCUUCCUGAGCCAGAUCAGAAGCACCGGGAUAUGCAGGCAGUCGACAAGGGGACGAAAGCAGGGAUGAUGGGCUAUCUGAUUCAGGUGGUGGCCCUUUGGGGACAGGUCAUGGCCUUGAUAUACCGAGUUGCGCAUUCCGGUAGUCACCUAUCAGAAGGCGAAGUGGAUGUUAUGGCCGGGUUCCAUCAACGCUUACUAUCCCGGCUCGAAUGCUGGAGAAGUUCACUCUCUCCUGGCUUUCUUUUCUCUGCCGCCGCUCUCGACAAGGUGCAAAGGGAAAAUAAGGGAUCCUUUAUCCUGAUGCAUCUUGUUUACCAUCUCACGAUGGUUAAAGCGCAUCGACACAUUCACUCAUGUUUCUCGACUUCGUCGCUGCAGAGACUCGAACAUGCACGCAUAGCCCGCACCAAUGCCCAUCAGUUACUGGACAUCGUGUGUACAGUAGCAAAUGAUAUCAAAGCUUCUGGAAACGCUAGCCCAGAUGGUACCAGUAUGCCACCACCCUUUACCAGCUUCGCCGUUCUUGAGGCAUUGGAUGUGCUUUCGGCGGAGGGCCGCAUACAACAUCUUCCAGAACUGAUUGACAGUCUUGCCAUUGCACGAAGUGUCUUGGAGGUCCUGGGUAUGGUAUGGGAAGAUGCAAGGGCGCACAAGACGAUGUUGGAUCAUCGACUGGACAGGCUGGUAGCCAUCAGGGAGAAAACUGAGGGUCUGGACGAUGCUCUUGCCGUACCCCUUGCUGGAAGAGGAAGGGGGAAUAUGUCAGAGUAUGAGUUUGAGUUUGUGGGAACCCGAGUUUACGUUGCAAAUCCAGACGACAGCCUUGACAGGACCUAUCACAAUGGAGAGGAUGGCACCGUUUGUGAUGCAAAAGACGAGAAACGGGCUGCGGCUACAGUUUCAGAAGGUGUGCUCAGCUGGCAAAUGGGUGAAAUGCUUGAGACGAGGUUUCCAAGAGAGAUGGACUGCAUCUAUGCAGGACUACAAACGACCCAUGCGCCAAGAAGUAUGACAAACUGAACAAGGGAGGCGCCGGGCUUGAAGGGUUCCUCCAUGAUGAUGGAUAUGCAGAGUAUUCUGGAUUAUGCAACGAGAAUACGCGUGCUACUUUUUCUUAUUAUGAGUUAUGUGUACAAUGAAGAAGGUUAUGCAGCACGGCUUAUAUGCAUGGGUGGCUGCGUGAGUGGAAUUGAAGCAGUAACGGCGUUUCAGUCGAUCUACUUUCCACCUGUUCGAUUGUGCUUGUUUUCUUAUCGAUUUGAC